CUGGCCCCGCCCCCCACGCGCGCAGGACGCGGCCGUUCCCGCUCGGCGCCGCCGCUGCGAUGUCCGGCCCGGCUCCGGAGCCCGACAGCGGGGCUGAGUCCCUCUCCUCCGAUGAAAAAGAGGUGACACCCAACGGCGUGGAGGGAUCCUCGGGAUCGGGAUCGGCCGAGGAGCAGCCGGAGGGAGAAGCCAGUUCUGAAGACAGCUCCAGCAGCAGCUCAGAAGAGGAGUCAGAUGAAGAGCAGGAGGAGAAGGAAUCCCCACCUUACUGCAAUGAGUCAGGAGGGAGCUGCUUGGCACCCUGUGAGCACUGCAGGAAUGAAAAUGACCAGAAGGAGCAAGUGACCCCCAGGAGACUCGCUGGAGGACAAUUCAUGGUGCAGCUGGAGGCCGAGGGCUCCUACCAGUGCAGCAGCACGGGGCUGAUCUUCGAGGUGACGGGCAGGGCCAGGAUCACCUACAGCCUGCUCUCCUGGAGCAAGUACGCGCAGCUGGUGCAGCCGCCCUGGAUCGUGGGCGGGCCCCUGUUCGACGUGCGCUGCUCGGCGCCCGGCGCGCUGCGCUGCAUCCAGUUCCCGCACUGCCUCUGCCUCGGCGGUCAGGGGGCUGCCGUGGCAUUCAAGGUGCUGCACAUCAAGGGCGGUGGCGUGGCCAUCGAGCCCUCGGCCGAGUUCUCGGCGUCGCACGUCAAGUGGGUGGUGAGCUCCCUGUCCCCCGUGGGACCCCUGAUCCACAGCCAGGAGCCCCUGCAGUACCACGGGGCUGUCAUCCUCUACAAGGCCAUCGACGAGCACCCCUCCCUGUCCUUCUGGGUCUACCUGGCCACCAACAACGACUCCUUCAUCAAGGAUAUCUCAAAGGCUGUAAAACACUCGAAAAGGAAAUUUGUUCAAAUUGAAAAGCCCCCUGUAUGCCAAAAAUUACUGCAGGAAGGAAAGAAGUACAGACUGAUCUGUGAGCCAGAGGCUGAAAUAACUCCUGAGGAGAUUGAGUUUGUUGAUGGGUCGCUGCUGAAGCUGAAGAGUUACUUUGAGGUGUAUUUGGAGAAGCCUGAUGACUUCACCUUGUCCCUGGUGGAGCAGGACUCGGAUGAGACCGUCUGGAAAGCCAAGCUGAGAGAGAGGGAUUGGAUCCAUUAUGAGCAGAACAAGAACGAGCAGAAGAGGAGCACAGGCAGUGUGAAGAGGAGGAAGCCAGCCCUCAGCAUCCUGGAGGAAGAGGGGCUCCACAGCAAAAAGCAAAAAACUGGCGGCACUGCAGAUGAAAUGGGAGCAAAAAGCUUGACAGACCAACAGCUGCUGGUGAUUGCCAAGCUGCUGGACCGGCACUGGAGGGAGAUGGCCAUCGAGUGCCUCCAGAUGGAGAGAAGACAUCGGACAUCGCCAGGAGGACCUACCAUGAGUGCGGGUGAAGGAAAUCGAGUGAGCAUCCGGGCCCAUGGAGGCCGCAGAGGAGCGGGGAAAACCACCUGA